AUGACCUACAAGAACCAUUCGUGCGAUUCCCGUCCUUCCUUCGCAGCCACAAAGCUAACACACCAAGUAGAUAUCGACACUGGCCAGCCCAUAGCACUUGCAAUUGCCUCGAGUUCAGGUUUAAAGACGCAUAAUCAACAUAUCUCCCCGUUCUUCUUUCUCACCAUGAACUCCCUACGUACAACUUCAACCCGCGCCGUCGGCCCCCUCCUCCGCGGCCUCAGCGCCUCUCGCUCUCAUUCCACCUCCUCCGUCUCUGCAAAUGAGCUCUCGCAUUUCUCCGGCCUCGCCAGCAGCUGGUGGGAUCCAGUCGGCCCCUCACGCAUCCUCCAUCUCAUGAACCCCCUGCGCCACGACUUUAUCGCUUCCUGCCUGGCCGAGUCCCUCCCACAGCCGCGCACACCCACCCUCAACAGCCAAAACCCCGACACUAUUACCACCACCACCGCCGCCGCCGCCGCCGCCAACAACCUCCGCUACCUAGACGUCGGCUGCGGCGGCGGCAUCUUCGCCGAAUCGCUCGCGCGCACCAUCCCCUCCACGCCCUCCGCCCCAGCAACACACACGCGCGCCGCCUCAAUCACCGCUCUCGACCCCUCGCCAACGCUCAUCAAGAUCGCCCGCGACCACGCACGCCUCGACCCCACGGUCGACGCGCACCUGCGCACCGGCCGCUUCAGUUACCAGAACCGCACGCUCGAGGACCUCGUCGCGCAGGUGCACGCCGCCGACGCACCCGCCGAGCAGACCUUCGACAUCGUCACCCUCUUCGAGGUCCUGGAGCACGUGGACUCGUCGGCAGGCUCGUCGCCUCUGACUUUUCUCACGGACUGUCUGCGGCUGCUGCGGCCCGGCGGCUGGCUGAUCGGGUCUACGAUCGCGCGCACCUUCCCCUCGUUCCUGGUGAACCAGGUAAUUGCGGAGGCGCCGUGGCCGAUCGGCGUCGUGCCGCGCGGCACGCAUGAGUGGAGCAAGUUUGUGAAUCCGGAUGAGCUGGAGGGGUGGGUGCAGGAGGGGCUGAUGCGGGCGCGGGACGGGGCUGCUGUGCGGGCGGGGAGCGAGGCGCUGCGGGAUAUGAGGUGGAAGUGUACCGGGGUGAUGUACUUUCCUGGUUUGGGGUGGAAGUUGGUGCCUGGGUCGGAGAGUUGGGGGAAUUAUUUCUGGGCGGUGCGCAAGGGGGUAUGA